AUGUACCUGAAUUUGUCAUAUGCUGGUUUUGACGGGCAGAUUCCAAUGGAAUUAUCAACAUUAACACAACUAGUCUCUCUUGACCUGUCUUAUAAUUAUUUCUUAAAGCUUGAGAGGCCAGAUCUGAAAACACUGGUCGGGAACCUAUUAAAUCUUGGAGAACUUUAUCUUGAUGACGUAAAUCUUAACUUGAAUGGAAGUCCUCUUGAUCCCGCCCUUCUAAAUCUCAGUUUCCUAGGAGUGCUUCGUCUUGAUCAUAAUAACAUGUCCGUUAUUGAUCUUGAAUUUCUUGCAAAUUUUACGAAAUUGACUACCCUCAGUCUCCUGAGCUGCAACUUGCACGGUUCAUUUCCUACUAAAAUCAUUCAGGUACAAACUCUUCAGGAGCUUGAUUUAUAUGAAACCCUUAUUAGCACUUUACCUGAAUUUCCACAGAGACGUGCAUUAAGGGAGGUAGUGCUUAGCCACACGGGAUUCACCGGUUCUCUGCCGGAUUCAAUUGCUAACAUCCUGAAUUUGACCCGUCUUGAUUUAAGAAGUUGCAAUUUCAGUUGA